AUGGCAAUCUCAGCUGCCCCCUCGGCUCCGACAGAGGCGGACCCCCUGCUGCGCAGCCGUUCCCACGAUGGUGUUGAUCGCGACUUUUCGUCGCGACGGAGCGCCUCUGAAAAUGAAGACUGUGGCAGCGAAGAGAUGGGGCAUGUACGCAAAGAUCUGGGGAAUCGAACAUACGUGCUACUGCCGUCUGUGGCUAUUGGUCUGCUUCUCGCUGCCAUGGACCAGCUCAUCACUCUGGCUGCCUACGCCAAGAUAGGAAAUGACCUGAACGCGAUGAACAGCAUGACUUCAAGUGCAAUGCUGACUGUUGAUGACGUCUACAGCUACUUUCUUACCCUCACAUCCUGUCAGCCUCUGUAUGGCAAGCUCAGCGACAUUUUCGGUCGAAAAGUGUGCCUUUUGUUUGCGUAUGCCAUCUUUGGCAUCGGUUGUCUUGGGUGCGGCCUUUCGCAGUCUCUACUGCAGCUCUGCAUUGCCCGCGGCAUCGCGGGAAUCGGUGGUGGCGGCAUAACAGCCCUGGUAUCUAUUCUGAUCUCAGUGACGGUUCCGCUCAGGGACCGUGGCAUCUGGCAAGGAUACAUUGACAUGAUCUUUGCGACAGGAACAUUAGCAGGUGCGCCGUUGGGUGGUAUUCUCGCUGAUUCUAUCGGCUGGCGCUGGUCAUUUAUCGGUCAAGCUCCCAUGUGCCUUCUUGCUGGCCUCGCCUUGCACUUCCUUCUCCCCAUGCCCCCAUCUUCACCAUCCUCCCGUCAUGAGCUUCUCUCCAAGAUGAAGUCUAUUGACUUUUCUGGCGCCCUUACUUUGGUAAGCUCUAUUUUGGCACUUCUGCUGGGCCUCGACUCUGGCUCCAACGUAGGCUGGACUCAACCCCAGACCUUGAUACCUCUUGCCAUCACACCUCUUCUUGUGGCGGCGUUUAUUUACAAUGAGGUCCACGUAGCCUCAUAUCCCUUUGCUCCAGGUCACAUCAUCUUCAACCCCAGCAUGUUUGCAUGCUACAUGGCCAACUUCUUUGGAGUCGCCAGCCAAAUGGGUGCCUUCUUCUUCCUGCCCCUAUUCUUUCAGGCAGUCCAAGGCUUCAGCGCCGCCUUGAGCGGCACAUUACUUAUGCAAGGCAUGGCAUUUGGCGUGCUGUCAUCGAUCGGUAGUGGUUGGGUGAUUAAAAAGACGGGAAAGUUUUACUGGAUUAACGUGUCAGCCUUUGGCCUUGCGUUCCUGUCAACUCCCCUGCUGGCUUUGGGAUUUUGGAGAAAAAGUGUCGUCCUCCAAGUCCUCGCCUUCAUCGCAUCCUCAAUUGGCGUAUACGCUGUUUUGAUUGCGCUGCUAGCGAAUACCACGAUGGCUGAUACGGCCGUCACAGUAGCCUGUUCUUACAUGUUCCGCUCGCUUGGGGCCAGCGUCGGCGUCAGUACGUCCUCGGCCUUGUUGCAAUAUGUUUUGCGAACUGAGCUUGGGCACCGACUGUCUCAUGACAAAGGCCUCGUAGACGAGAUAGGGCAGCGUGUUCGACAAAAUAUUGAUUACAUCAAGGAGCUUCCGCCGAUUGUAGCCGCCAUAGUGCGCUCCAGUUACCAGCAUGCGAGCGUCAUCGCUCUGGCGCCGCCCGUUCUUUGCGGUCUACUGGCAUUCAUCUUCACAUUUUGGGUGCGUGAGGCUGCUCUGCGUAAUAAAUAA